UUGACUAAUUCUGAUGUCUUUCUCCAAACAAAUCCCAUUUCACUUGUUCCUAAUACUAGUGUUAAUAUUAACAAAUAGUCAGGUUCAGGCUCUCUCAUCCACAUCCACAUCCACCUCCACCUCCCUUUCCCUAAUCUGCAAAUCUAUGCCAUACCCAGAUGUUUGCUUCCACUCACUAAAGCUCUCAGUCUCCAUAAACAUCAAUACCAAUAUUAUCCUCCACCAAUCUCUCCAAGUCGCCAUAUCUGAAGCUGUAAAGCUACUAACUUUAUUGUCAGAUACUGAUGAUGAUGAUAUCAUUGAGAAACAAAAGGGAUCUAUUCAGGACUGCAACGAACUCCACCAGAUAACUCUUUCUUCCUUGAACAAGUCACUCACCACCAAUAACUUACCAGAUGCCAGGGCUUUCCUCGGAGCAGCCCUCACCAACAAGAAUACUUGUCUUGAAGGCCUAGAAUCUGCAUCGGGUCCUCUAAAACCACUCUUAGUGGACACCAUAACCACGGCUUACAAGCAUGUUAGCAAUUCUCUUUCCCUUCUCUCUGCUGACAACCCUCUUCCCAAGUGGUUAUCAAGGAAAGAUUUCCUCAUCGGUAGUCAGAAUGAGACUGAUUAUGACGAUGACGACUACAGCAGUACACUAGUCGUGGCCACCGAUGGUAGUGGCAACUUCACCACCAUCACCAAUGCCAUAAAUUUUGCUCCAAACAAUAGUGUUGACAGGAUCAUUAUCUACAUUAAACAAGGCUUGUAUGAAGAAAACGUAGAGAUUCCUAGUUACAAACCCAACAUCGUUUUGCUUGGAGAAGGACGUGAUAUCACUAUAAUCAGUGGUAAUAGAAGCGUGAUUGAUGGUUGGACUACUUUCAGAUCUGCCACUGUUGCCGUGUCAGGAGAAGGAUUCUUGGCACGUGACAUUGGGUUCCAUAACGUAGCAGGACCAGAGAAGCACCAGGCAGUAGCUCUUCGUAUCAAUGCGGACUUUGCAGCAGUCUUCAGAUGCGUUAUAAGCAGUUAUCAAGACUCGUUGUAUGUCCACUCCUUCAGGCAAUUCUACAGAGAAUGCGACAUUUAUGGAACCAUAGAUUACAUAUUCGGUAAUGCAGCCGUUGUGUUUCAGGGAUGUAACAUCAUAUCCAGAAUGCCCAUGCCUGGCCAAUUCACCGUGAUUGCCGCCCAAUCCAGGGACUCUCCCGACCAACAAACAGGAAUUUCGUUUCAGAAUUGUUCUAUUUUGGCUACUGAGGACCUGCGGUCAACUAGAGCUGUCAGAAGCUAUCUUGGGAGGCCAUGGAGGCCGUACUCUCGCACCGUCUUCAUCGAAUCAUAUAUUGAUGACUUAAUUGACCCCAUGGGGUGGAUCCAUUGGUCCGGGGAUCAAGGUUUGGAUACCUUAUACUACGGGGAGUUUGGGAACAUUGGACCUGGUUCCACGGUUGACGGUAGAGUUACCUGGCCUGGCCACCACGUCAUGGAUUAUUAUGAAGCUACUAAUUUCACAGUAUCAGAAUUCAUCACCGGCCAAGAGUGGCUGGAUUCUACAUCAUUUCCUUACGAUGAUUGGGUAUAAUUAAUGUAAUCUAGACAUCAUAUUUAAAUAAGGAAAACAUCCAUCCCUUCAAUUCAUUGAUUUGCA